AGCUUCCAAGAAAGCAAAACAAAAGGGAUUUCAUAGAUGAAGAGAGACAAGAAUCCACGUCUUGUUUUUCUUUUGGUUUUUCUGGUUCUAAUCUUCACCACAUUGUCUAUAACUUCUGUGGAUGCCAGAAAGCAUCACAGCAAGAAGAGCAGAUCCCAUUCUAAGCAUCAUAAACACAGAAGUGGCAAUGGCAACAGUGCUCCUGAUUCUGAAAAUCCUCCAGCUCCUGCGCCAGCCCCUCUUCCUCCUUAUGCUUCCUAUCAGCCCCAGUCCAGAAUUUUUGAUGUUUUGUCCUUCGGAGCUAAGGGUGAUGGAAUCUCAGACGACUCUAAGGCACUUCUAGCAGCAUGGGGAGCUGCCUGCAAGGUACCUGGGGCUACUGUAGAAAUUCCAUCAGAAUUCAAGUUUCUUAUUGAACCCAUUACACUACAAGGCCCAUGUAUGCCUCGCCUCGUUCUUCAGAUAGAUGGGACUCUCUUGGCUCCUCCAAAAGUGGCUUCCUGGCCAAAAUCCAGUUUGUUUCAAUGGAUAAACUUUAAAUGGCUCCAUAAAUUCACCAUCCAAGGUUCUGGUACUGUUGAUGGUCAAGGUUCAAAGUGGUGGAGCCUCUCCCAGAUCCAUUAUAUUCAGAAGAGAUCCAAAGACAUCCCAGAUAUGAAACCAACUGCCUUGAGAUUCUAUGCCAGCUAUGAUGUCACCGUUCGCAAUAUCCGAAUCAUAAACAGCCCUCAGUGCCAUCUAAAAUUUGACAACUCUGGCAGAGUGAAUGUUACCAAUAUCACAAUUUCUUCACCAGAGAACAGCCCAAACACUGAUGGCAUUCACCUGCAGAACACCCAAGAUGUGGAAAUCCAGCAUUCCAAUAUUGGAUGUGGAGAUGACUGUGUCUCCAUACAAACUGGUUGCUCUAACGUCCAUGUUCAUCAUAUUAACUGUGGGCCUGGACAUGGAAUAAGCUUAGGAGGACUAGGGAAAGAAAAAAGUGCGGCAUGCGUCUCUAAUCUAGUUGUUGAUAACAUCUCAGUGCAAAAUGCACUAUAUGGAGUAAGGAUCAAAACAUGGCAGGGUGGUAUUGGAUCUGUCAAGAAUGUGUCAUUUUCCAAUAUUCAGGUCUCCGAUGUAAAGGUGCCUAUAAUGAUUGACCAGUACUAUUGUGACAAGCAUAUCUGCAAGAACCAGACAGGAGCCGUGGCAAUAUCUGGGGUUACAUAUAAUCAAAUAAUUGGGACUUAUUCAGUGCAGCCCAUUCAUCUAGCUUGCAGCAACAAUGUGCCAUGCACUGACGUCGAUCUAAUUGAUAUUCAGUUGAAUCCAUCCCCAAGAUACCGAAGUUUCCAACAGGCCUUGUGUUGGAACUCUUAUGGCAAAUCACAAGCUCCCCUUGUUCCUUCAAGCAUAGAUUAUUGCUUACGAAGACAUAGUGGUUCUUUCAUGGAAAUAGCUAAAUCACAUGAGAAUAUAUGCCAAUGAUCAUGAAGAAGCUUCAGACCAUGAAUAUAGUGGCUUUUUUUCUCUUC